AUGAGUUCCUCUGAUGGAUUCUGCUCAUCGCUCUCCUUUUCUCCCGGAGAACUAGGCCAGGUGUACACUAUGGAGAAGCCACAUCCGAUCUCGUCCAACGUGGGAGUGUCCUCAAAUGCCCCCACUGUACAAUCACCAAUUUUGACUUCUCCCCGCAAAAAUUCCGCUGGCAAGGCUUCUUUAGCGGCAAUUGGAACCCCGGCGCCAACCCCAACCGCAGUCCCUGCCCGUGCAGCUAGCUCUGGUCCAGCCACACCUUCUUCGGCCACUUCCAAGGCAGCUAAUGUUGUGAACAACCCAACUCCUAUUCUUGGCACUGUACCCUCAGUCACUGCCACGAACUCUAGCCAGCCCUUUAGCACGCCACCGGAAACCCCCAUGUCGUCCCAUAGCGCUACCAAUUCCAUUAGUGGAAGUGUCUUGGGGAAGCGAGAUAUAAGCACGGUUAGCGAAUCAGAGAAAGAAGACUCUCACGACAAGGACGAAGACGACCAAACAGGAAACAACGCCGCCCAGCGAGAGCCAAAGAGAAAACGAAUUGCACCAACGCUGGUUUCUUCUGCAAGCUCAGGGAUGCCAAACUCAGAAGAUUCCAAUAAGCCAUCCAGCUAA